AUGGCUACACCCGACGUCCUUUUCCAUGCAAACGCCCUUCGCCUCUCUAUAUCCGUAUCAGAGACAAGAAAAAGGGAGAGAGAAGAGCAAGGAACUCAAGGCACGAUGACAGCUUUAGUAACUGCGCAAAUAACUUACCGAAAAUCGUCUAUUAAGCCUCCCGGAGGCUUAUUUAUUUCAAAACCAUCAUUUGAAGUGGUGGUGGUGGUGGUGGGGGAGGGGGGGGGGGGGGGAUAAUAGGGGGGGAGGGUUUUUUUGGGGGGGGGGUUAUUUAUUGGAGAAAAGAGGGUGUGAUAGGUUCCAAAUAAAAAACCAGAAAAAAAAGGGAAAGGGAUCCGUUUGUUGCCACAUCUUUUUGGAAAUACACAGAGAAAAAAAAAAAAAAAAGGGAGAGAGAAAGAAAAGACACUCAAAGCCAGAGGAAGAUUUUGGAUACCGAGGAAAACACUUCAGAAAACUUGUUUAUUUGUCCCCUGGGAGUGUUUUUUUUUGAAAGGCCGGGGUGGGGGGGGGGGGGGGGGGGGGGGGGGGGGGGGGGGGGGGGGUGCUAAUAGAGACGGAAGGCUUAUUUGAGAGGGGACUUAAUUAAUGUAGAAAAGACGAUGGUAUCAGUUCUCCAUAAAGAACUAGAAUAAAAAGUGGAAAGGCUCCUCUUAGUUCCCAAUCUUUCUUGAGAAUGAAAAAGGUGAUGCUUUGAAACAAACUCAACCAAUUUUUUUUUUUAUUCAAAGGUGCCUACAGAAAAUCACAGAGGACAAGGCAGAGUGAGUGAUAUUUGUACCAAUUUGAGCUACCCAGACAUAUUACCCGAGGCGUGUGUGCAAGCUGUUUCAUCCACCAAAACUGUAGAGAAGAACGAGGAUCUGCUGAGGCUUCCCCAUUCCCAUGCGAGCCACCCCGUGUGGAAGAAAAUGCAGCUGUGGCCAUAUGUUUUGUAUCCGACAGAGCCUUGA